UGACAGACACCUAUCAUCAAGCAGCUGGGCCACCAGCCCUGAGUCGCCAACAUGCCCGCGCCCAUGGACACCAGCUACUUGACGACCCAGGUCACCACCAUCAUCGGUCAAUUGCACUCGAUCUUCGAUGAGAUCGGGGUUCCUCGAAAUGAACGCGACUCCAGAGAAACAGAGCUCUUCGCAGCUCUAUCUGAAACACUUCACAACCACCUCCGCAGUGUCAACCAGGAAAAGAACGAACUCACCGAAGAGGCGCAUAACAUAAUCAAGACCAUCAAACAGAUGGAAGCUUCGCUGGACGACGAAAAAGAGAGAGGCUAUGACCUGGACAGCAGUGGACUCAGAGUUACCUUCCCUCUUAUCGACUGUUUACGCGACCUCAAAGAAAAGUACAACGUCGUCAGCAGGCUCCACCGAGAACGAUUUGAACAAGUCAAGAAGCUGGUUCAAGCUCUCGAGUCAUACUCGUCGCAUCUCGAAUCAUCUUUCGUCAAGAUCAGACUACCUCCCACUUCUUCCACUACAUGUCCACCGAACUUCGACUUGUCUCCCUCUUAUGUCACAACCCUUGAUGAGGAAUUCUCACGAGUCUAUGAUGAGUAUAAUAGAAGAGUCGUUGUGGUUCAGCAAACCGCAGAAGAGAUUGUGAGGUUGUGGUCGGACUUGGGUAUCCCACAGGCGCAGACCGAUUCUUUGAUAGUGCAGCAUUAUCGGGACUCACCCGAGCAACUAGGACUACACCAGGCAGAUUUGGACCGACUAAAGAGCCGGCGUGAGAAACUUGUCGAUGAAAAGAAAAGCCGAGAGAGGAGAAUCGUCGACAUCAAGAAGAACAUAGAGAAUUUGUGGGAUCGAUUGGGUAUUGAACAAGCAGAUCGGAAGGCUUUCCUGGCUGCUAACCGCGGUUGUGGCCUACGAACCAUCAACGAAUUCGAGGAUGAGUUGGCAAGACUCAACGAGUUGAAGAGACAAAACCUGCACUUGUUUGUUGAGGAUGCUCGUGUUAGACUUCAAGAGCUUUGGGACUCUCUAUACUUCUCGGAGGAAGAGAUGCUCGAUUUCACACCAGCAUUCUCUGAUGUCUACAGCGAUGCUCUACUAUCUGCACAUGAGGCAGAGAUCGAACGACUUACCACGCUGAAGGAACAGCGGGCGCCAAUCUUGACAGUUGUUGAGAAGUACAAGUCACUGGUUGCCGAUAAGGAAUCACUUGCUGCAUCUGCUGCAGAUGCUACGAGAUUGAUGCUAAAGCCACAGAAAGGAGAGAAGCGAGAUCCUGGCAAACUCUUGCGCGAGGAAAAGAUGAGAAAGAGGAUCGCGAAGGAACUCCCCAAGGUUACAGCCGAGUUAACCAAGACCCUCCAGAAGUAUGAAGACGAAUACGGCAGACCGUUCUUGAUUCAUGGCGAGAGGUUCUUGGAUGAAAUGGAAGAAGCAGAGACCAAAGCGCCACCUCCACGAUCGAAGACACCAAACGGACUUCCACCGAGAUCGAAGACUCCUGCCACUACGCAGCCUGCUAAAUCAGCUCCAAGUGCUGGAAAGUCUGCACAGAUAGCUCGACCUGCAAGUGUUAUGAAAGGCCCUCCACCACGUUCCACAGCCAAAACGCCAACUGGUAGCAGAUCCGCAACAAUGAGACAACAUCCCGCGCCAGCAUCUGCUGCAAAUGGAUGUUCAUCACAAGCCAAGUCUCCUUCGAAAAUCCCAGCUCGUGCACCAUUGGGCACAUUGAAGCAUGGCAACAACUCACCCGAACGCCGGACGGUUCAUCAUGCCACAUCCCAUGCCACAUCCCAACCUGCUGAGCCGCAACACAAUUUUGGCCAGAGUACGAAAUCAAUGGGUCCUCCUCGAGCACCUCCUCCCAAAAUGAGGGAUCUCUUUGUGCCUCCGCAAGAGCCGGCACCUACGACUACAGGGUUGCCCCUCAAUCAAGCUCCUGCGACGGGUCGGCCUGCCAGUACAGUUUCUUCAGGAUCCAACGAGAGCAACCGUUAUGUCCGGCCAAUAUCCCCAGAAGACGUCUAUGAUGACCGCGAGCGCAUGUCAUACAUGUCAAUAUCCCUCCUCAACCGUGAUCGUCAACAACAUCAGCCACAAGCCGACGCAUAUUAUGCCGGACACAUGAGUCAACAUCAACACCAGACAUCGCAUUCUUUAGCAGGUUCAGUCCAUGGUCACAGUCAUCGGUCAAACCCAUCUGCACCCCCUUCCACCAAUCAAUCGCGCCAGACGUCCAAUACGUCUUCCAACAUGACGACUGCCACAACAGCAUCCGGAAGUGAGAAUUGGGAAACAUACUCUGACGCUUCGGAGAUGGAACCUGAACGCGACGUCAGAGAUACGUACUAUUCCAAGGUCCAUGCAUCCACGACGAAUACGUUGGGCAUGAGUGUCAACCCACACCAAAACCUGAACGGCAAGAGACCCGGUACUGCUGGGGGUGCAUUUGCGGGACAAAUGGCCCCUCCACCUGCGAAGAUGCGCAUGCCGAAUCAGCAGCAGCAACAGUACGGCUACCAAGGUCAAGCACAGCAGUAUGGCCAUGGUCAAUUCCGUGACAUCUCGGACGAGAACAUGAAUUCCAGUCUAUAUGGCCACGCGGUGCGAGUCGACGGGAGCGACGCAGCUUGGAGCACCGAGCUCGAAGAGACGUAUUGAGGAAUUGAGUGCAUCAUUUAGGCUCGUUCCUAGCGGUGUGUUCGAAUCUGCGUCCAGAGCUGGUGAUUUUCUCUUCUCUUCUCAAGAUAUUGUGUUUCUAUCCUGACUUUUUUUCGGUUGGAGUUUCUCGUUGGAAAAGAGGAGAAAAAGUAAAUCGGCGCAUACACACAUUGGGAUUUUCGGGAGGAGGAGGAGGCGUGCCUCAUAUCCUCGUCUUCUUCUCCUUCAUCAUGACCGUUACGAUUGCUGUCUUUAUUGUGUUGGGAGCUGCGGGCGAAGGGUAGGCGGGUUUUUCUGUGGAGCAUGAUCUUAUAGGUACCUGGGUACAUUUGCACGGGGACAGGAACGACCUGGACGGCGCAUGAAGAGAUGUUCAGGCGAACCUUGCAGAUUCAAGUACUCCGUACAGACGGGUUCGAUUUCUGUUUCAGUUCCCGCUUUUCGACCACAGCGCAAGCCCCCCAAACCCGACCUUACCUACCCAUCCAGGUACGCCAGGUGCUUUGUCUCUGUUUCUGUUUUCCGCCUCCAAUGUCGGGACAAAGCUUUUGGACUAGACUAGAGAGACAGACAGACAACAAUGCCAAUUUUCGGAAUAUACUUAUG